AUGACAGCGACACCAUCGCGGCAUCCAUUUGACCCUUUGACCCCCCAGGAAAUAUCUCAAGCCGCCCAUCAUGUCCGAGCCGCCUUCCCAAACCAAGAUGCGUAUUUCCGGGUCAUUACACUCUCGGAGCCGCCGAAGGCAGAUAUGAUCCAGUUCCUCGAGGCCGAGAGCAAACACGACAUUCCGCAAACUAGGCUAGCUCGGGUUGCCAUGGUUCAGGCGUUCCUGGGUCCACGGGACAGUGAUCACUUCUUUCAGUUGAAGGUCGAUGUUACAUCAGGCAAGAUACUCAAGCAAGCACAAUUGCAUGGCUGUCAUCCACACGUCGACGCCAGUGACAUGCAGAGGAUUGAGCGAGCUUGCCUUGACAACUCCGGGGUGCAAGAUGCGAUCAAGGCGAUGCAGUUACCCGAAGGAGCCCUGGUGAAGAUUGAGCCGUGGACUUAUGCGACUGACGGCAUGAAUGACAUGAGCCAGAAGAUCAACAUGUGCUACUUCUAUAUGCAUUUAUCCCACCACCCGGAUGCUAACUAUUAUGCUUACCCUCUGGAUCUUUGUGUCGAAGUGUCUGGGAAUGCACGAGUUCUCAAUAUAUAUUCUUUGCCAAAUGGGACAUCCAAUGAAAUCAGCACUACCGCGAGGCCGUACGACCAAAAGAAGAUCCAUGACUCCAACGUUGAAUACCAUCCUGACUUGUUCUUGGAGCACCGCACAACGACGAAGCCGUAUCAUGUCUCGCAACCGCAGGGCCCCUCAUUCGUGGCCGAGGGUAACUUGAUCCGCUGA